AUGGCUCUCAAAAUUUCUCGAUUGAUAAUGAAAAUUUCUUUUUGGUGUGAAAAAUCUCGAUACGGCCCUUACUCAUACAAACUUCUCCUUUAUCGUAUCUUUCUAUUCAUUAAUUACUUCGAUUAUAUAUAUCAAAAUACAAUAAGAGGGAGAAAGAAGUCGAUACUCUUUGUGAUGGAAACAGCAAACUCACCCCUUUUUCCAGCGCUGCGUUUGACCUUUUCCCCAGGAUUAUCGACCGAUAACCUUCAAGGAAGUGAAACUCCUUCUUUGAUUCCACAAUUACCCGAUAAACCGCUAACGCAAACAUCUUCAAUUCAGGUCUACAUAGUACCUGCUGAGAAGACUUUGUUUACUUACGGGUUCGAGCCUAAUGAGUAUGCUGAAAGGCCUCCUACUUUAUUAAGGGGUUGUCUCGUGGUUCGGGUACUAAAGCCAUCGAAGAUUAAGUCGAUCACUUUACUGUUUAAAGGAAAACAGAGGACGGACUGGCCCGAGGGUAUUCCUCCUAAGAAGAACAUUCACAUGGAAGUAAAUGAUGUCGUGUCUCAUACGUGGCCAUUCUUCCAAGCUGGCAGCACAGCGGUAAACGGUGGAGCUGACGAAGUAUUUCGAGAAUUACCAAAGACCACUACACAUGAUUCUGACGUAACAAACCUUAGCUUAACAGAUACAAUUACGAGGUCAUUAUCACCAAGUAGAUCAGAGACGGGAGGAAACGGCAACUUUUUUGGAAGGAAUUUAAGUCCAGUAACGAGCUUAAUGAGAAAGUCACAUUCGCAAGAUACAGGCUUUAAUGAUUUGAACACAGUGUUAACAAAUUCAGAAGGGGACCAAACAAAGUCUGGGAACUUUGCUGUUGGAGACUACGUCUAUAACUUUGAGCAUCCAUUGCAUCCGUCGAUCCCAGAAUCAACAUCGGUAACAUUUGGAUCUGUAUGUUAUUAUUUGGAAGUGGAUAUAGUUAGAAUGGGGACCUUUAAAUUCAAUAUUUCAGGGCAAUUUCCUAUUGAAAUAGUAAGAUUACCUUCUGAAAUGAAUAUGGAAGAAAACGAUCCUAUUGUCAUUGCGAGAGAUUGGGAAGAUCAAUUAAGAUACGAAAUUGUUAUCAGUGGAAAAUCUAUAGUAUUAAACUCAUACUUGCCAAUGGCAUUCCGUUUUGUACCGUUGUGGGGAAAGGUUCAAUUACACAGAAUUCGAGUAUAUGUCACUGAAAGCUUGGAAUACUAUUGUCAAAAUAACAAAGUUCAUAGACUGGAGCCCCAGAAAAAAUUUUUACUAUUAGAGCAUAGAGCUGCAAAAGGCAAGUCUUUGUUAUCAAAAAAUGUAUCAGAGAAUGAUAAUGAAGACGAAGAGGAGGUACUACCUAAGGAACUUGAGUUUCAAUUGUAUGUCCCAGAAUAUGUUACAAACAAACAAAGGUUCAAAAUACAUCCAGACACAUCUUAUGAAACAAUUCAAUCUCACCACUGGAUUAAGAUAUGUCUUAGGAUUUCUAGGGUUGAUCCAGAAAACUCUGAAAAGAGGAAACAUUAUGAAAUACUGAUUGAUUCUCCAAUCCAUAUUCUAUCUCCAUUAGCAGCCCAUGGGAAUACUCUUCUUCCAGCUUAUGAUAAUAUAUUGGCCGAGCCUCCGACUUUGCCUAUUUAUUCACCAACGUCUCCUCCUCUAUCACCAGGAGUCAUUCCUGUUCAGGAAUUGGCUUUUCGUCAUAUUAAUGCCAUCAACAACAAUGACGAACCUAUAGAGAGGGACCCCAAUAUGCAUCUCGAAGCUAACUUAUAUCAACCUGAUGAAAGUGUGAACAAUAAGGCACUUAAUUCACCUCAAGCUGUUCCGCAUCCAGGUACAUUUAAUCAAGGUUUGAGUUCCCCUAUGGAGCGCCCGAUUCAUUUGCUAAGGAAACCUUCAUUUAAUCCCCCAUCUUUUGAGGAAACGCAAGGAUCAGGGCCUUCAAAAGUACUCCCACCAGCGUACGAAGAAAGAGAGUUUUCUCUUUCUCCGCUCAGAAUAGACGAGUCCUCCGAGAGAAACUCAAACAAAGGGGUAAAUUUAGCUUUGCCGGGGAACGUUCCCGUUCUGACAACUCCAAUUAAAGACUUAUUACAUGAACAGUUAAGAAAGCUGAGUUCAAGCCCUUCACGUAAAUCUGCGUCAAGUGAUAACCACAGCUCUUUAAACGAAGAGUACACUAAAAACCUCAAUCCUUUAUCAGCAGAAGAAGACGAUGAUUUGGGAAAUUCUCCUAUACUUUCACCGAGGUCAAUGAGUCCUCAAAGAAGUGAAUCUCGUCGAUCCUCUGUUAUUUCCAUUGAAUCAAACACAACUAAUUUACCAGUUGAGCAAACAUUGCCUUUAUUGAACGUCUCUAGCGCAUCAUUAACUCCUUAUAAUCCUGAACCUGGUAUUUCUAGAAGCAGGAACUCUUCUUCAGGCUCACUCUUGCCAGAUGUGACAAGAAGACCAAGCCAAGCUCGAAACUGGUCUACAAGGAUCACAGAUAUAGUGGACAAUUACGAAUUAGGGGAUGAUUUGUAUAAAAUCAAUGGUAACCUUUCACUGUUGAGAAAUCCCAGAAUAAAGAGGCAUUAUCAGAAAGAAGAAAUUGGUGACCCAGCUACUGUUAACGAACCUGCGGUAACUACCAAACUAAGACAGAAGAGCUUUGGUGUCGUUAAUGAUCUGACUGAAUGUGAAUCAAGCAAGAGUCAAUCUUCCACCGAGAGUGAUAUGACUAUUGGUAACGAGGACCAGCUUGGGCAUACUACUCGAAUCGUGGCAGAUCUGAGUGGUGUUAAAUCUGAGUCGCCGAUUCCAGGCUUUAAUCUUGGCUACGAAAUAAAAUAG